AUGCUCUACGAGCAUAACCCUCAUGCCAAAAGUUUUAAAAUGGCUAAACAUUGGUUAUUAAAUUCAAAUACACAAAACCUGAAAUUAAGACUCAUUUCUAAUAGAUCCACGGAUGGAAGAGUAUAUAAUCAACCAACUAUUUCUGAGGUUGCUGCUUUGAUAGUUGGUGAUCUUGAUACAACAGAAAUUAGGGAUAUCAUCAUGCAAACUAAAGGUGGAGAGUUACAAAGAACUAACGAGCUCCAUGCAAGUUACUUGGCGUAUCAAUAUCCUUUAAUUUUCCCUUAUGGAGAAGAUGGCUAUAGACCAAACAUAGCUCAUCGAGACUUAGACAUAUUCCAAGACAACAAGAGAAAUAGACUUACAAUUAGAGAGUGGUUAGCAUUUCGCAUUUAA